ACAUUUUCCACGGAAACAUUUCAGUGUUGUACCUCACAGCCGCUCGUAGUUUAUACGUCGUUUUGUCGAAAUGAUACAUAUUGCUUUAUUUCGCUAUUAUUCGCCUUUAUGAUCAUCUGCUCAAAAAGACUGUACCACUGUCAAAAGAAGCAUUGAGUGACAGCACUGUGUGAAGAUGAUGCGUUAUUGGGGCGAGCUCCCAGUGGCUUCGGCUCCUUCGGGCCGCAGUUCUUUUGAUCUUCUGCAGCGUGAGUUCCGCCAGGUGGAGAUGCAGGACCCUCCCUUGCACCAACCUUCUGCACAGCGUCCACGUCCCACCACCAUGCUGGAUAUCCCCUCUGAGCCCUGCAGCCUCACGAUCCACACUGUGCAGCUGAGCCAGCAUGCUCGUCGUCUCCGGGGUCUCAUUGCUGCUGCCCAGCAAUGCCAGCAACCCCUGUCCACAUUAUUAGAUGCCCAGGGUGUCUUCAAACCUGAGGAUGGGGAUGCUCUACCUCCCCGACCUGCCACACCAACUGUACCUGAUGAUCUGCUUCCACUGGAUAGUAAAGCUCCUCGACAGCCAUUCCAACUACGCCAUAGUGACCCAGAGAGCGACUUCUACAAAGGUAAAGGUGAGCCAGUCACUGAGUUGAGCGGGCCGUCCUGCCGCCAGCUUCUGUACCAGUCGGUUGCCACAGUGCUCGCUCACGUUGGAUUCGAGUCGGCGAAUGAGAGCGUGCUGGAGACUUUGACUGACCUGGUCCACGAACAUUACCUGCGGAUCACCAAGUUGCUGCGCGUGGCUGUUGACAGGGAGGCCUGCCAGGGCUCUACACCCUUCCCUGACGUGGUGGAACAGGUUUUCCACGAGGUGGGCAUUGGCAGCGUCCUAGCUCUGCAGCGCUUCUGGCAGGUCCGCAUUAAAGAUUACCACAGCUACAUGCUGCAGGUCAGUAAGGAGCUCUCAGACGAGUAUGAGAGACUUGUGAAUCCAGAAAAAGCUCUGGAGGAUUCCAAACCCUUGAAGGUUAAAGAGGAGCCAAUGAGUGUCGUUGUGGACCCUUUGAGUCAGGAGCCAGAUGUGGAUCUGGCCUCAGGUGACCAGGCCCUUCCCAUCGGUGUUCUGGGCACAUCCAAUGAAAGACUGGCUGGGGGACUGGAAGAGGGACAUUCCCCUCACACAUCAGGAGCAGCAGGGAACAGCUCUCCCUUGUGGCAUUUAGCCCAGGUGAAGAUGGAACCUCAGGACAGUGAGGAGGGCCAGGUAUCAGGUCAUGGGGUUCUGGGCAGCGACGUCUUUGAAGAGGGCCCCAUGUCCACCAUGAGUGAGGCUGGCAUCCCUCCAUCUCCUGGUGGUUCAGAAGGAAGUUACAUGUCCCAUUCGCCAGAUUCUCUCAUGGGCACAUCCCCUUUCACUCAGCGGCCAAAGAAACGGAUGAGAAAAAUAUAGUGGGUUUGUCGUCUAAAUAAAGAGACUGAAAGCACUUCCACAGUCAUUGUGAUGAAUAGUGUUACCUUCUGUUGAGACUAGAUGUCUUACCUUUGUUUUUAGUGAAAUUAAAUGAAACCGACAAAUAAAGUGCGAGUUUGAAUGCUCCCCAAGCAAAUGGCAGACGGUCACUGAUUUACCUAAUUAUUGAGUGGGACAAUUACUUGUUUGCUGUUGGUAAAAUUAGCAUCUGUUUAUUGUAACGAAACAAUGGAGGGAGCACAACAUGGGGAGUAAUUAUAGACUGAUGUCUGCUUCAAAACACACAGGGACAUCAAUCAAGGAGUAAUGGCAAAUUAAUUACAGCAUGCAUAAAUCUGCAUGUUAAAUAAGCAGGCCAUUUCAUUACCUGUACACUCCCAGGCGUCACAGUGGAGGUAUUGUCUCCUAGCCACCUGCGCCAAAACUGUUUUCCUAAACACAUACUGGUUGAGUGUAAAUUUAGCUCCUCACACUCACCAGGUAGCAGUGCAUUCUGAGACUCAAUCAAGAGGAACCGAGACUGGAUAGCUAUCACUCAGCAUCCUUAAAUGAAUUGGUAUGGGCUUCCAGUGGCCACUUCAAGGCCGUUUUUAUUUCAGUUAGUCAAAAAAGCAUCUGUCAGUGUCUCAUGAAAAAUCAAAAGAAAUAAAACUCUUGAUUUUGCGAACAGAGUUCUAUUUGUAGCUGCAUUGUGACAUUAUUUUCAUGAUGAAAUAUCACAUUUUACCCCAAACUGUUGCUUCUGUAAAUGCCUGGGCAUUUACUUUUGAUUUUAUUUGUAAUUUACAUUGUUCUUGAUAUUUCUCGUUAUAUUUUUUAUUAUUGUAGUACUGUACAUGAAACAUUUAUUUACAAUACUUGCAAUAUCAUGAUAAUUUUUUACAUUAUGAUAAUUUGACCCACCCUUAAAGGGAUAGUUCACCCAAAAUGAAAGUUCUGUCAUUAAUUACUCACCCUCAUGUUGUUCCAAACCCGUAAGACCUCCGUUCAUCUUCAGAACACAGAUUAAGAUAUUUCUUAUGAAAUCUGAGAGCUCUCAGACCUUCCAUAGACAGCAAGGGUCCUUACACGAUCAAGGUCCAGAAACGUAGCAAGGAGAUCGCUAAAAUAAUCAAGGGACAUCAGGGGUUCAACCGUAAUUUUACAAAGCUACGAGAAUACUUUUUGUGUGCAAAUGAAAAAAUAAAUAAAAAAAAGAUUUUAUUCAAAUUCGUCUCCUCAGUGUCACCCUAGCGCCAUUUAGGAGAAUAUCCACUGGACGGAAACUGCAUAUGCUCUUUUGUGUUAGCCGCAUACCGGAUGCGAUGUUUUCGUUCAAAUAAAAGCGUAAAUAUACGCAGAAGACUGUUCAGGCUGACACAGAAGAGCGUACGCAGUUUCCGCCCAGCGGAUAUUCUCAGAUUCCAUCAAAAAUAUCUUAAUUUGUGUUCCGAAGAUGAACGGAGGUUUCACGGGUUUGAAACGACAUGAAGGUGAGUAAUUAAUGACAGAAUUUUCAUUUUUGGGUGAACUAUCCCUUUAAUAUUGAGUUUAAAAUUUUCUUGCAGACACACAAUUUAAGUGGUGCUUUUGGAACAAGUUAGAUACAACACAUUAAAUGUAUACAAAAAUUACUGUAAUUUUGGUAAUGAAAAAUAUUACAAAUCGUUAAAUUUAAUUUAAUUUUAUUAUUUUUACUUGAAUGACUGGACAUGUUGUUGACAGGUUUUGUUAGAAUCAUCCUAAAAUUAGUUGGUGUGUGGCCUUCUAAACUAACAAAUAAGAAGACGUUUUGAACGUUAAGAUGUUAAGUUUUGAAAUUGAUUCUUUCCACAGCUAUGGUUUUGUAAUGAAUAAAACACCAUUUAUGAA